CCUUCGUGCAGCGCCAGCUGGGAGCCAUGCUCCAGCCGGCCGUCAACAAGUUCUCGCUGCGCAUGUUUGGGAGCCACAAGGCGGUGGAGAUCGAGCAGCAGAGGGUCAAGUCCGCCGGCUUCUGGAUCAUCCACCCCUACAGCGACUUCAGGUUUUACUGGGACUUGAUCAUGUUGCUGUUGAUGGUUGGGAAUCUGAUCAUCCUGCCCGUGGGCAUCACUUUUUUCAAGGACGAGAACACGCCCCCCUGGAUCGUCUUCAACGUCCUCUCAGACACGUUUUUCCUGGCCGACCUGGUGCUGAACUUCCGCACGGGCAUUGUGGUGGAAGAUAACACCGAGAUCAUUUUGGAUCCCCAUACCAUUAAGAUGAAGUAUCUCAGGAGCUGGUUUCUGGUGGAUUUCAUUUCUUCCAUUCCUGUUGAUUACAUCUUCCUCAUUGUAGACCUGGAGACCCAGGUGGAUUCCGAAGUGUACAAAACGGCCCGGGCGCUCCGCAUUGUCCGUUUCACUAAAAUCCUUAGCUUGCUACGCCUGCUUCGGCUCUCCCGGCUCAUCCGUUAUAUUCAUCAAUGGGAAGAGAUUUUCCACAUGACCUAUGACCUGGCGAGCGCCGUGGUCCGCAUCUUCAAUCUCAUCGGUAUGAUGCUUCUCCUGUGUCACUGGGACGGCUGCUUGCAAUUCCUGGUCCCCAUGCUGCAAGACUUCCCCGAAGAUUGCUGGGUUUCCAUCAACCACAUGGUGAAUGACUCUUGGGGAAAGCAAUACUCACAUGCCCUGUUCAAAGCCAUGAGCCAUAUGUUAUGCAUCGGCUAUGGGCAGCAGGCGCCCGAGGGCAUGACCGACGUCUGGCUGACGAUGCUGAGCAUGAUUGUGGGUGCCACCUGCUAUGCCAUGUUUAUUGGCCAUGCCACUGCCCUCAUCCAGUCCCUGGACUCUUCUCGGCGCCAAUACCAGGAGAAGUACAAACAAGUGGAGCAGUACAUGUCGUUCCAUAAACUACCAGGAGACACCCGCCAGCGGAUUCACGAGUAUUACGAACACCGAUUCCAGGGGAAAAUGUUUGAUGAAGAAAACAUCCUAGAAGAAUUGAGCGAACCCCUUAAAGAGGAGAUCAUCAAUUUCAACUGCCGUAACCUGGUGGACAACAUGCCCCUUUUUGCCAACGCCGAUCCCAACUUCGUGACGGCCAUGCUGACCAAGCUGCGCUUUGAGGUUUUUCAGCCGGGAGACUUCAUUAUCCGAGAGGGGACGGUGGGGAAGAAGAUGUAUUUCAUCCAACACGGUGUGGUUAGCAUCCUGACCCGGGGCUCGAAGGAAAUGAAGCUUUCAGAUGGAUCUUAUUUUGGGGAGAUCUGCCUUCUGACACGUGGCCGGCGCACAGCCAGUGUCCGUGCCAACACGUACUGCCGCCUCUAUUCCCUUUCCGUGGACAACUUUAACGAAGUGCUGGAGGAAUAUCCAAUGAUGCGUCGGGCCUUUGAAACCGUUGCCAUGGACAGACUGGACCGAAUAGGGAAGAAGAACUCCAUCCUGCUGCGGAAGAGGGCAGAGCACAGUUCCAGCACCGUGAACAACGAGAUCAUCCAGCAGAUCGUCAAGCACGACCAAGACAUGGCACACACCAUCCAGGACCUCCAGCCUGUGGCUGCUGGGCGGGAGCUGAGUGGCAAACCGGUUAUCUGGGAGCCCCUCGUCCAUGCGCCGCUGCAGACGGCCGCCGCCACCACCAGCGUGGCCAUCGCACUGACACAUCAGCAGAGUCUGGCAACGCACAUCUUCCUUCCCCCUUCUUCCAUCUCCAGCCCACUCUCUCCCGACUCAGCUGCUCUCCCGCGCCACUCCCGCCACUCCCAACCCAGCCUGGGGGGGUCCCACCCAUCCUCCGUCAGCUCGCCCGCCUCGGGGGCGCAGUCCCACUUACAGACACCCGCAGCAGGCUCCCCAUGUUCUCCUGUGGUUCAGUGCACAUCCCCCUUGGAAAGCAUGGGGUGCAAAGGACAAGUCCUGCCCCGGCCAAUUCAAAAGGGGGAACCCAUCCCUGGAACAAGCCAGCCUCAGCUCUCCAAAACCCGGGGUACGUCGGUCUCCACUUCUCUUUUGCAGCAGCCAGCAAACAGCACAUCCAUCCCGCCUGGGCGAACUCUCCAUUACAGUCUUUCCCGGGCCACUGGCUCCCAUAUUUCUCUGUUCUUGCAGCCACAGCAGAUGGUCAAACAUCGGAGCUCCCAGGGCCUUUCGGUGGGACGUCUCACCCAGGAUGUCCGGCCACUUUCAGCCUCCCAGCCAUCUUUGCCCAACCGGCUCACCCAACACUCGGACAUGGGCUCUUCCCAGCAGGUGCGGAAGUCAGCCAGGAACGUCACGUACCGUUCCUCUCCUUCGGUCCCGGGUCUCCUCGGAAAACCAAGCACAGGGACCACCGGCCAGCCUGCUUCCCCCCAGCAGGCCCCUUCAGGUUCCAGCCGGUCAGCGAGCGGGGCCAGUACCCCCCAGUCCCCUGCCUCCGUUCCACGGCACAGCGCCACCCCUUCCCGUAAGGGUUCCGUAGCAUUCAGCCCCGACGUCAACACUGGCAAACCAAAGCUGACAUCCCAUAUGUGAAGCCAUGGUAAGAACAGGGCUGCUCCCUUCCUGGGCAGGGGGGGCAAAAAAGCAGGCCUCAGGGCGAGGAAAGAGAGACUCGGCACAAUCACCACUGCAGGGCAGGGUCCAGGCCCAAAGGAAGUCUGCUGGAGAGGGAAAAGGAGCUGUUUCCACAAGGAGACCCUUUGCUGUCCAGGGGCUGAAGGAAAAGCUGAAGCCAUCAGACACCCAAGAUCUCUUGAUCCUCCAAGUCGGGUUCUUUCGA